CAUGCACUUGCCCGUAGGUGAUUGGUACUCUACACAACGAUCUGUUUCGUGUAGCUAGCUGUUCUUUCCUUUCAUGAUUUUGCUUCCUGCGGAAAAUCAAAGAGUUAGCUCAGCUCCGAUCACUCUCUCCGAUUAUCUUUCGCUCUUUAGAUUCAUGGUGAAUCGUUUACCGUCACUCUCUCCUCGUAAACCCUAGCUCUCUCCGAAACCCUAACUCGCUGCGUUGGAAACUAAUCGAGCUCGUCCCUCUCCUUUCGGAAGCAUUUCUUUAAUCGGUGUUGCAGAGGCGUUUUGGUUUCUGAUCGGGUUAGCUUUCUGAGGUAAAUAUCCUCUUCUUCGAUUCUUAUAUCUGGAUUUUUAGUUUAUCUUCAUUGCUUCUUUAUUCUUCCGCGUUAUUGGGAAUUUGAUGAUUUAGGGUUUGUUUUACUGGAAUACCUAGCUCUAGCUCGAAUACGUUGGAGAUCCUAUUUCAUGAUUGCAGAUGAUUGUAUCUUUGAUUCACUGUUAUGCCUUCCUUUUUUUGCGUCUGUUUGUGCUGAAAACUCUUUGAUUUUGUUUCCAUUUCUUAAUUGUUUGUGCUGCGGAUUAAUGGUUGAAAUCAACACUAUCUUUCUUUCUUUCAUCCACAACGUUUUCUAGACUAAUCGGCAUGUUUGAUGAAUGAAGCCAAGCAAGUGUUGUUUUAUGUUUAUUUUUCUGUAAUGGCGAUGCGAGGCUGUUCACUGAUUGUAUUUUGCUGUUAGAUAGUAAUCAUCGGUUUCAAUGUUAGAACAGUCUAAGGCUGCAAUGAGUAUUCCUCAGUCGAAAUCUUCAUCAAAUGGAUUUCCACUCAAAAGAGGUGAAACAGAGGAAGUUUUACAUAAGACAAAUACAUCAAAUACAGUAUUCAAUGGGGAAGCUGGAAGCUUGAAGAGGCUUUCACUUGAUCGGUUAGUGUACUUCACAACAUGUAAGAUCGGGCAUCAUGUGGAAGUGCAUCUAAGGAAUGGAUCAGUGUAUACCGGUAUAUUUCAUGCUGCCAAUGUAGAGAAGGAUUUUGGAAUCAUUCUAAAGAUGGCAUGCUUGAUUAAAGACGGUACUUUACGAGGACAUAAAUCCCGUUCCGAAUUUGUCAGGAAGCCGCCUUCCAAGACAUUCAUUAUUCCGGCAGAUGAACUUGUGCAAGUUAUAGCUAAGGAUCUCUCUGUAUCCUCGAACAACAUGUCAAAUGCGGUUCAGGGUGAGAAACCAUCGGAGCUGUUGACAGACUCUUCUAUAUCACAGUCUUAUCAUGUUGAUCGGGAAAGGCAGCUGCAACGCUGGGUACCUGAUGAGACUAUUCCACACGGUGCAGAUUUGGAGAAUGUGUUUGAUAACCCUUGGAAUAGGAAAUGGAAUCAGUUUGAGGUGAAUAAGUCACUGUUUGGAGUAAAAAGCACUUUCGACGAGGACCUCUAUACCACAAGACUUGAGAGAGGUCCUCAGACUAAACAGUUGGAAGAGCAUGCCCAGAAGAUUGCGAGAGAGAUCGAGGCUGAGACUACCCGAGAUAUUCAUGUAGCAGAGGAAAGAGGCCUUCAGCUUAAUGAGAACUUUGAUUUUGACGAGGAAGCCAGAUACUCAUCUGUCCGUCCAGUCACUGGAUUUGGUGAUAGUGGGUUUGAUUUGGAGGACAACGCAUUGCUGGAUACUUGCAACGAUCUGACUUUUGGUGGCUCAUCUACUUCUGAUGGCCAGAAGCCAGCUUCUAGUGGCAAGGGCUGUGAAGAAUUACGGGUAUCGGGUGACAGUCAGUCUUCUCGGAAAAAUAAAAAUGUAGAUCAAAGCUGCUCAACCUCUAAACAGCAAUCCAAAGAUUUUCCUGCCGCAGGCAGCAAUAUCAGUGAGAGCCAGCUAGAUGAGCAAAGAAGAAAGAAUAACGAAGAGGUUUCACACAAUAACAGAUCAGCUGAGGAAUCAACUUCUGGUCAUGGAGAUAUCAAAGAAGGUGCAAAAUCUGGUGGUGGUGCAUCCUCGGUGUCUAAGGCUGUUACUGAGAGAGAAAGAGAAGCCAGUCAAGUUUCUAGUAAAACAAAAUCUGAAAGCUCUUUCGGGCAGUCUGCUUCUAGAAGUUCAGAAAGUCGCCCAGGUCCUUCAACAUCAAGUCGUCCUGGGCUAUCACCGAGCUCGUCAAUUGGUUCUAUGGCCUCAUCAGAAAAGUCCACACUGAAUCCGAAUGCAAAGGAAUUCAAACUCAAUCCAAAGGCUAAGAGUUUCAAACCAUUGCAGUCAGCUGCUGCACCACCUCAAUCUCCAAUCGCAGAUGCCUCAUUCUACUACCCUGGUCCUAGUCAUGUUCCUGUUCAGCAGAUGCCUGGAAUGCCGCCUGUUAAUUACGGACUCCCGCCAUAUCCUGGCAACCAACCACAGAUGAUGUAUCAUCCUCAAGCCUAUUAUCAUCCAAAUGGACAACCUCAGUACCCACAGCAGCAAAUGAUACCUGGUCAGCAGCAGCAGCAAAUGAUACCUGGUCAGCAGCAUCCUAGGCCAGUUUAUUACAUGCAUCCUCCUCCUUACCCGCAGGACAUGCCAUAUCAUAAUAAAGGACGAGAGUAAUAACUACUACUACCCGAUGGUGAUGAUGUUUUUUUUUUUUGUGAAGGAAGUGUACGAACCCCUCUCUGGUUUUAUCCACUCUCCCUUACCCAAUCACUGAAACCAUUUUCUUCUCUUUUUUAGAUUCGCCUACUGAUUUUGGUAUUUCGUGUUGAAAACAAAAAGAAAGAAAAAAAGAAAGAAAAAAAACGAUCUAUCUGAAGUCUGUAGUACUGAGUGCACUCUCUCCUUUUUUUUGGCUGUAUCAGAGAUAUAAAAUUUAGAGUGUAGGUUGCUCUCAUGCGUCUUUUACUUCGUCGUCUGCAUAUUUUUUUGUGUGUGUUGUGCUAAAUUUCUGGGUGAUUUUGUUAUCUAAAAUCCAAAAAGGAUGCGGUUUAGAUGAAAAGAAUAGAAGAGUAACAACGAUUUCAAAGCAGGCAGAACUAGUCAUUUUUG